CAGAGCGCGUACGUAUGAAGUGACAUUUCGUCGGGGCACACACAAUGACCCCCUCCUUCUUCAUGCAUGCACUGCGCAUGCCUAUAUAAGCACACCAAAGUUCACAUCCAAUUCCGCAUCGAUCGCACACACAGCACUCUUCGUCUACUCUCUCCCUCGGUGUGACGAAUUUGCAGGAAAUCAAACAAUGGAGGAAUCGUCGGGCAAGGCGCAGCCUCCAAACAACGCGAGCGUGUCCCAGUCCCAGUACAGGGGCGUGCGGAAGCGGAAAUGGGGCAAGUGGGUGUCGGAGAUCCGGCAGCCGGGCACCAAGACCCGCAUCUGGCUCGGCAGCUUCGAGUCGGCGGAGAUGGCGGCCGUGGCGCACGACGUGGCGGCGCUGCGGCUGCGGGGGCGCGACAGCGCGCAGCUCAACUUCCCGGGCUCCGUGGGCCGGCUGCCCCGGCCCGCGAGCUCGCACCCGGACGACGUCCGGGCCGCCGCGGCCGAGGCGGCCGAGCUCGUGCGCUGCGAGCCGGCCCUGGUAGCGCGGCGCGAAUACGAGUGGGGGAGUCAAGAUCAGGAGGCGAGCCGGGUGGAGGAGGUGCAGGUGGGCGGGACUAGGGGGAGCGACGAGGAGUUCGAGGUGGACUCGCCAAGGCUGUGGGCCGAGAUGGCGGAGGCCAUGCUGCUGGACCCGCCCGCGUGGGCCACGGCGGGCGCCAGCUGCGAGAUGGAUCAGGCCGCCUACUGCUGGUCGCAAGGGUCCCUCUGGGACGCGUACUAGCUAGCUUGGGCUGUGGGCCAAGCUAUGACCGUUAAUUAGGAGUACUACUACGGAGUACCUGGCAUAGUGGCAUUGACCUUUUAAUUACCUCACAACUCCUUUUCCGGAGACGGGUAAGACGGGAGAGGCUCACCGUCACCGACGUCAGGCGUUGGAGCCUCAGGGCUGCUCUUUCGUGUACGUAUGCGUGCGUGCGUGAGAGUAUGUUUUCUCUGUGUUCUUUUUUCUUUCUGUUCGGCUUGCGAUCGUGAUUGGCUGCAGUGAUUAGGCCCAUAAGGAAAAUUUGAUGGCGGAGUAGUACUAUAAAUAUAGUUAAUCGACUAUUCGUGGUUGCUUCGUUUCUGUC